CAAGCCACAUUUGUCAAUCGUAACGAUCAGAGAGGACUAGUGAACAUCGAGGAGAGGUCGUGGAGAUUUUUACCAUCUAGCCACCAUCGCCGUUCGCCAAUUACACCAUGGCUGAUACCGAAAAGGCGCCGCAGCCGCAGCCGCAGCAGCAGCAGCAGCAGCAGCAGCAGCAGCAAGAACAACCAGCCCAACCGCAACAAGCUAAGGCGGCUAAACAAAAGCAGGUCAUCGCUGAGAAAGUUUCGGGUACUGUCAAGUGGUUCAACGUAAAGAGUGGAUAUGGUUUCAUCAACAGGAAUGAUACUAAGGAGGAUGUGUUCGUACAUCAAACAGCAAUUGCCCGGAACAAUCCACGCAAGGCUGUGCGCUCGGUCGGCGACGGGGAGGCGGUGGAGUUUGCCGUGGUCGCCGGGGAGAAAGGCUAUGAAGCGUGUGGAGUAACUGGACCCGGAGGCGAGCCAGUAAAAGGCUCGCCCUAUGCAGCUGAUAAACGUCGCGGCUUCCAUCGCCAAUACUACCCCCGUCAAAGCGGCGGACGUGGCGGUGAAGGCGCUCCACGCAGAGGUGGUAUGGGACGUCGUGGGCCCCCGCCCAAUCAGGGGGGCGCACAGGGUGAUGAGGUACAGGAGGGGGGCGGAGCACCACCACAGCGGAGCUACUUCCGUCGUAACUUCCGAGGGGGGCGCCGUGGUGGUGGUCCAGGCCCCAUGAACCGUGGCGGAUACCGCCGUAUGCGUCCACGCAACUUCCAACAGGGCCAAGGUGGAGCAGCUCAGGGACAGCAGGCCCAGGCAGGUCAGCAGAAUUCUGGGCAACGUCAGAAUGGUCAAGAGGGUGGUGAACCCCUGGCCACUACAUCGUCCCCUCUGCCGCAGCAACAGGCCAAGCCGAAAAAUAAUACUAAGCCUGCUGGCACCACCAUUGAAACAACCACUAAUGAGAGCCAGGCCUAAUUCCUUGGCAUUUGUGUAGUGUGGCACACCCCCUCUAAGUAGUGCAUGUGUAUUCUAGCUGUGCCACACAUCUAUUACAACUUACUGUCUUGUCUGUCAACUUGAUGAUGUCGUUUUAAUGUUGUUACAGACAUUUUGAAUAAGAUCUAUGUACAUUAACAUCUAAUUUUUUGUCUUGUUGAAAAUUUUUGCGGGGAGGAUAAGAUUAAUAUGGAACUGCAUUGGUAUCAUGGAUCAGAGAUGUGAUAUUUUUGUCAUUAUUAAAUUUUAAUAUAUUGUAUUCUUUAUACUUCCAUGAUUUGGUUACAUAACUUUAGGCUAUAUAUAUAUAUAUACACAUAUAUAUACACAGUUAUAAGAAAUCUUAAAAUGUUUAUUGAUAUUUAAAUUGAAAUCUCUUAGAAUCAAGUGUUUGUGCAAUGAAAUAAAAUUUUGUUAUGUCAUACUGUUGAUGAAUUUAAAAAAACGUGCAGUUUCCAGUAUCCUGAGCAAUUUUAUUUUAUAUCUCGCCCUUUUUUUUUAUUUAAAUUUGUUGCAUAUCAAGUUUUUCAAAGUUCUUUUUUAUUUAAAUAUGUUUCAUAUCAAGUUUGACGAAGUUAUUUUAAGUCUUAGCCUCUUUUAUUUUAAUAUGUUGCAUACUGAGUUUGACGAAGUUAUUUUAAGUCCUAGGUUUAUCCAUUAAACAAGUAUUUGUAUUGAACAUGAACAGUGAUUUUUUUCUUGCAUUACUAUUGUAUUUAAAACUCUGAGAAUAAACUCUUUACCCGUGUGAAUAA